UGAAGAUAAUGGCGAAACCUCUCAGUUCCCAAAUCCUCUGCUAAUGGCGAAACCUUUCUGAACCCUAAACCACCUCACUGUUUCAAUGACGAUCCCAACCAUUGCUUCUAACUUCUCACUCAACCCAUCACUCUUCCCUCUUAAAACUUCUUCAAUUUCUCGGCGCACUGUCCUAUCCCGUCAUCAAACCCCCCCUUCAUUUCCCUCAAUACCCCAAGCUUUCAUUCCCAGGCCGGCCCCAAAUUUCCUUUCACUUUCUGGGAAACGGUUGGGGCUUUCCCUCAAUCGAAAAUCCAAGUUUUAUGCUAAUGCUGGCAAUGGAGGAGAAUUUGGUGGUGUUGAUGAAGCGGAGAGGUUGGCAAGAGGAGAGAGUACAAUGCCGGAGAGGUUCCGAUACUUGACCAAAGAAGCUCCUGAUCCUCCUGUUAGGUGGCCUUUCUUUGUUGCUGUGGCAUUCCUUCUCUAUGCAUGGAGGGCUGUUUUGUUAGAGCUAUCUAAUUGGAGAAACGCUGCUUUUAGUGUUGUUCGUUUUGUGGGGUACAUCUUGAAGCUUGCACUUGCCCUUAUUUUCUAUUUCAUUGGGGAUCCAAUCACCUCCAUGAUCAGGUGUAUAGAGACUUUGAUCUAUAGUGUCAGAGCUUUCUACUCUGGGAUUGUGGCAUAUGCCCCUGUUAAAGAACUUACUGUGAUUAUUGUGCUUGCAUCAGCGGUUCUCGCCAUUGCUGAAGCUACUGUUCCCAACUCCAUAAGUUGUCAACCAUAUAUGCUCACAAUGUCCGGUCUCAUUGGCUAUGCAGCCGUGACUGGCUAUAUCUCUGAGCCACUCUACUGGACUCUAUUGUUGGGGUUAUAUAGUUUCUCGCGUGUAAUUAAAAAGCGAGAUGAUGUUACAUCAGCACUGCCUGUUGCAGCUGUAAUGGCUGCCAUCGGGGAACCUUGGGUUAGGAUCUUGGUGAUCACUUCUUAUCUAGCGUUAGCUAUCUUUAACCAUUCAAAGAAGCUUUCAGAAGGGAGGGAGGAAACAGAAGGUAUUGCUAUGGAGAGACGGCUUCCAAUGCCAUUAUUAGGUGCAGCCUUGGCUAUCGGAAUCAAUCUUGCUGCUAAGUGGGUUGGUUACCGGCAUUUGACAUGGAUGAUAGUGUGAGGACAGUGAAUCGGUUUCACACAUCUACUGUAACGACAUUGAUCUUUUGUCUGAAAAUAAUUUUGUAUCAUGUAGGUUCAUUUCA